AUUGGAUUGGUAUGUGCUGAUUUCUGUACCUAAACAUGAUAAAAAGUCGUCCUCUGAAUAUGCGGUGUAUAAUUUUUCAGACUCCUUUAAUGUUCCUCGGACUAUUUAUAUUCAACUUUGGGGUGUGAUACUUCAUUACGGAAGUUAGUUAUACAUUCGAUCUCGACUCCAACAAACUAUUGGUCCAGUGAGAUUUAUUAAAUAUGAAUUGCAAGUUCUCCGACGAUCCCAUCAUCAACGAGUUCUACAUUCCGACGUAUAUCCUGUCACCUGAUGCCGUCGGCGAGACUAAGACGUUACCGGAUGUGCCGUCCUCCCCCGUGCUAGUCUUCAUCAAUUCUAGGAGUGGCGGUCAACUUGGAGGAGAUCUUCUUCUCACCUUUCGCUCUCUGCUCAACAAGCACCAGGUGUUUGAUUUGGGAGAAGAAUCGCCCGAUCAGGUGUUGCGAAGGCUUUAUUUGAAUCUAGAAAAGCUCAAGAGCAAUGGCGAUGUGUUAAGUUCGAAACUAAAGGAAAGGUUGAGAAUAAUUGUUGCAGGCGGGGAUGGAACGGCUGGCUGGCUUCUUGGUGUUGUUUCUGAUCUCAAAUUAUCUCCACCUCCCCCGAUAGCCACCAUGCCUUUGGGAACUGGAAACAACCUCCCUUUCGCAUUUGGAUGGGGGAAGAAAAACCCAGGAACAGAUCGCCAGUCCGUGCUCUCCUUCUUGAUUCAAGUAAAGGAUGCCAAAGAAAUGAACAUAGACAGCUGGCAUAUUCUCAUGAGGAUGAGAGCACCAAGGCAAGGCUCUUGCGAUCCGAUUGCACCUCUUGAGUUGCCUCACUCUUUGCACGCUUUCCACCGGGUAUCUGAAUCUGAUGAAUUGAAUGUGGCAGGGUAUCACACAUUCCGUGGUGGAUUCUGGAAUUAUUUCAGCAUGGGUAUGGAUGCACAAGUAUCAUAUGGAUUUCAUUCUGAACGGAAGCUGCAUCCAGAAAAAUUCAAAAACCAGCUUGUAAAUCAGAGUGCAUAUGCAAAGCUUGGAUGCACACAAGGAUGGUUUGCUGCCUCAAUCUUUCAUCCUUCGUCAAGGAAUAUAGCUCAACUAGCAAAGGUUAAGAUCAUGAAAAAGCAAGGUGAGUGGAAAGACCUCAAAGUUCCACACAGCAUCAGGUCAAUAGUAUGCCUCAACUUACCUAGCUUCUCUGGUGGACUGAACCCAUGGGGAACGCCAAAUAUCCACAAACGUCGUGACCGGGACUUGACUCCCCCAUAUGUAGAUGAUGGGCUUAUUGAAGUUGUUGGCUUUAGAGAUGCCUGGCAUGGACUGGUUUUGUUUGCUCCCAAUGGACAUGGCACACGCCUUGCACAGGCACAUGGAAUAAGGUUUGAGUUUCACAAGGCUGCAGCUGAUGAAACCUACAUGAGGAUUGAUGGGGAGCCAUGGAAACAGCCCCUCCCGGUAGACGAUGACACAGUAGUAGUGGAAAUAUCCCAUCUGGGACAGGUUAAGAUGCUUGCCACACAUGAUUGCAGAGCCAGAAGUGUGUUCGACCCCUCCAGUCCAUCACACCGUGAUGGCGACGAUGGAGACAGCGGUGGCGAAGAAGAUUCUGUCUCAGAGGAACGGAGGAAGUUUGGGGCGGCAGAUACAUUCAAGAUUCCUGAUGAGAUUGACAUUUCUCGUCUCAGUUAACAAUAAGGAAUAAAUAGUCCCAUUCUCAUUCUUUUAGCAUUUGAAAACUACAUUAAUUAAUGAGUUAUUGAUUUUCUCUUUUAACAUAAGUAUCUAGAAUAAGUAGUCUGUAGUCCCAUUCUCAUCCAUUUUAUCUUACUUUUUUUUCUUUUCUUCUUCUUAUCCUUUUCUCUAUUUACCAGUAUGGAAAUGACAGUUCGUUCAAAGCUUGAAGACGCCUACUAUUGAG